CCUCAAAACGUUCCAGAGUCCACCCUUACGCCAACCGCUUUCACCACAAUAGCAGCAGCAACAGCAGCAAAAGUUGCAACAAUGAACACACUCAUGUUAGUCGGCGACAUCGUCGAAAAGGAGACGCCACCCGCGAAGCCCCCCGUCGUAUUCGACGACAUCGACGCCGCCCCGACCGGCUUCCCCGCACACAAGAAGCGCACCCGCGUGUCCGCCUUCAAGCAGCAGCGACAGGGCAAGCCCAUUACGGGCGCCCAGACUGCGGCGGCAACGAGCUCCAUAUCGGCACCGCAACCAGACGAGAAUGGCGGCGGCGGCGACUCACAAAAGUCCUUCGAGGCCGCCGAGCGCCGCCGGAUCGAUCGCGAGAACCGACAGAAACUAGAGGACAUGAGCCCAGACGACAUCGCGAGGGAGAGGAGGGAACUGAUGGAAUCGCUCGACCCGUCGCUCAUCCAACGCCUCCUCGGCAGGGCCAACAUCGACGAGCAACACGGUCCGAAUCCCUUCGAUCCGCCCGCCGCGGAAGAUAGCAAGGCCAAAGGGGCGCCGGCUCCGGCGCCAGAGAUCAAGAUCGAAGACACCUCUGCGCCGCCGAAGCCCCAGGCCGAGCCCCGGCCAGCCUCAAAGUCGGCUCCGAAAUCCGUGUCCUUUGCCGAGGUCGAGGACUCGGAGCCCUCGCCACGGCCCCUCGCGAACGAAGACAAACCCCCCUCCGCGCCCCCGGAAGACCUCUUCCCACUCAACUCUCAACCCGACAAGACGCACUUCCCCCAGCCGCCCGCCCUUCCCGACCUCGAUCCAUCCCACCCGGAUUUCCUCGCGACCCUCCACGAGAAGUUCUUCCCGAACCUCCCCGCCGACCCGAGCAAGCUUGCGUGGAUGGCGCCCAUCCCCACCGCCCACAGCCCGGCGGACCGUGAGUCCCCUUACUACCCGGGCCAGCCCUCGCUGCCCAUCUCGGCGCUGCGCUUCGACUUCAAGGGCGGCCUGAUUCCGCCCAAGCUGAGCAGGUCGAUCCCCGUGUCCAAGGGGCUGCACCACCACGGCCAAGCGCCCGAGGCGGCCGGUUACACGAUCGAAGAGCUGGCCAUCUAUGCGCGGAGCGCUGUUCCGGCGCAGCGCUGCGUCGCGUUCCAGACACUGGGCCGGAUACUGUACAGGUUGGGAAAGGGCGAGUGGGGCAACGGCGAGGAGGACAGCCUGGCGAGGGGCAUCUGGAGCAGCAUUCAGGAGGGAAGGGUGCUGGAAAGCCUGUCAGAGGCAGCCAUCGUCGAGGGCGGCCACAGAGGCAGCCGCGCGUAUGCGACGGAAGCGCUUUGGCUGUUUGAGAAGGGCGGCUGGAGAGAGCAGUGGUCUGGGAGGUAACGACGGAGGAGCUGCUACGUUUGCGUAACCGUCUCUGCGAGAUAAGACUGCGGGGGGGGGGGGGGGCGGGAGGGACCAGUUGGUGGACAGCAGAGAAGCCAACAACAUUCGAUACCAAAGCUACAAGAUCCAUGACUUAUGCGCCCCAGAGAGCGUAAAGAACCGCCUUCAUCCCCGCCCCAAGAAGGGAUGUCCUCCAAGUUCCGAGAGGUGACCCAGAUGCCGGGCAACCGAGCAGCUGAAUCGGAACCAAGCCAGUAGAACCGGGGUAGGGCCGCAGCGUCCGUAAUACCUCUGAUUCGUGAGCUCUAUUCUAACGUUGGAAAACUCUGCGACGCCAUUUCAACAAAAAAAAAGCUUGAGUCUACCUCGGCCGAGCAUCGCUCGGAGACUUCCCAGGCUCCGGAUGAUGCUCUGGGCAGUCGAUUGGACGGAGCAGGUGCGGUGGCUGACUCCGGCGCAACUAAGAACAAGUCGUCAGAUGAUGAACGGCCGCAGGUAGGAGGUAUCAAUGCUCAAAUAGCUGGCCAGUGGGACCCGAGACCCGAGUUCAAAAGUCUCUAUAAGUACUAAACACAACAACAAAGACAACUAUCGCUUUACUUUCUC